AUGGCGCAUGUUUUAGUUGAGCAUUCCGUUGGAUAUUUGCUUGUUCAAGAGAAUGGCUUAGAUUCUGUUGCACUGAAGGAAACACUUAAAAGUGCAAAGACACUUGGGGACUUUAAGAAGGCAUUUAAGCUCUGUGGAACACUUGUGUACUCUGACCCACAGGAUGCAUUAGAGCAGUUAGAGGCCUCUUCAGAGGGAAGAGUUACACAGAAAUUAAGAGAGUUUCUGCAGAUUAAUGAAGUAAAAGUUCUUGCUGCAGACAAAGUAUAUGCGCAUGCAAUGAAAGAGUUGGGGAUUAAGUUAGUGGAUGAAGAGAGUUCACUUGAGCUUAUCAGGGCACUCCGAAAGAAUGCAGAUGAACUGUUCUCAGUGGAGUUUAACAGAGUCCAAAAAUCGCAGGUGAGUUUAGCACAUGCUAUCUCAAGAAAGAAGAUCCAGUACGAUACAGCCAGAGAAGACCAUGCAGUUAUGCAGUGUAUUUCUAUGCUGGAUGAUAUGACAGUGGACAUAAAUGAUUAUUUUAUGCGUAUAAAGGAAAUGUACUCCUGGCACUUCCCAGAGCUUAUUGAUAUUUGCAAGGAGCAGAUUGAGUACUUAGGCGCAGUUGGAGUAGUAGGAAACAGAGAGACCGCAAAUAAAGAAGAUAUUAAUAAGCUAGAGAAUGGCCAAGCUAUAAUAGAUGCCAUGGAAAACAGCAUAGGUGGAGAAAUGACAGAAGAGGAUCUGGCCAUGAUUAUGGACAUGUCUAGUGUUGUAGUAGAGAAGAUUGAUCUGUACACACAGGCACUGCAGCACUUAGAGAAAAGACUGGCUACUGUUGCACCAAACCUUACAGCACUAGUUGGAAAAAUGGUGGCUGCCCGGCUUAUUCUUAAGGCAGGUGGGCUGAGCAAAUUAGCCCUGUGCCCAUCCUCUACGAUACAGGUACUUGGUGCAGAGAAGGCUUUAUUCAGAGCCAUGAAGAGCAAAUCAAAGACUCCUAAAUACGGACUUAUUUUUAACUCAUCCUUCAUUAACUCUACUGCACCUAAAAUGCGUGGAAGGGUUAGCAGAUACCUCAGCUCAAAGUGUGCAAUUGCUAGUCGUAUUGACUGCUACUCCGAUAAAGUUACUGAUGCGUAUGGAAUAGCCAUGAAGAAUAUGGUUGAGGAGAGAGCAAAAGGAAAGAGCACUCACCACAUGCCAACUGACACUGUCUUACAGAAAGUAUCUGAACAGCUCAGGAAAGAAGAGUGUGCUACUUCACAUAAUUAAUGAUUAGAGAAUUUGAGUGGUCCAGCAUUAUUAUAGCAAACUGUUUGUCUUUACCCAACCACAAAUAAAACCACA